GCAACUUUUCCACGACGCCGAACAAAAGUGGCCGCUCUGUUCUCUCCUCCAUCUUAUCGCUAACAAGAGGGGACGCAGUUUGACGCCUGAAGAGUUGAAAGUCACGAUCGCUAGACUUGCUCUAAUCCCAUGGUUCUCUUGCGAUCUAUCCCGAUACAGAUAAAUCAAGCGGCAACGGCCUGCCUUUCGUUUUCAUAAUGAGCCGAGGUCCCGAUAUUAUGGAGGCGCUGGUGUCUCGUCUGGAUGCUAUCGUCUUGGAUCGUGACCUUGCACCUUUGCUGUCUUUGCUCAAGGGUGUUCGGAAUGGUGUCGUUUACGGGUCGAAAGUGCGGUUUCCGCACGCUUUGGUGAUGAUAUUCCUUUUCCGCUCCGGAACCCUCCGCGAAAAGGCCAAGCUCGUCCUGAAAGCCACGCAAACGCACGCCCGUAACCUCGCAACGUUCGCUCUCAUAUACAAGAGCUCCAUGCUCGCGCUGCGAAACCUAAACACGUCCAGCGCCGGGAAGGAGAACCGCUACGAUAGCUUCUUCGCAGGAUUACUGGGAGGAUACGCUGUUUUUGGCCGGAACCAGACAAGCGUCACCCAGCAGAUCGUCAUCUACGUCUUCGCCCGCGUGGCCCUCUCCCUCGCCAAACUCUCCGUCGAACCUAACAUGCACCCGCUCUCACACCUCAUCACCCCCGAAGCUCGUUCCCAGAUCAAAGACAAUGCAUGGCCGGUCUUUGCAAGUCUCAGCUGGGCUUCUGUCAUGUACAUCUUCCGCUGGUACCCGGAGACGCUGGUUUCGAGUUUGAGGAGCAGUAUGGUUUAUAUCUACGCGGACUCGGACCACUGGAACUCGUUCCGGAACUUCUUAAUACACAAUAAAUAGAUUGGUGAUAGGUUGGCUGUUUUGGCGUAUGGAUUGGUCAUCAUUGUUAAUCCUUGUUCAUUCUUAAUGUAUAUAGCGUACCUCGGCCGACUGGGCUGUGUUGAUGGUCAUUAAUCUUAUUGUUAGUAUUCAUUGUGUUGUCGAGUGUGGUUCGAUAUCUUUACAUGAGCUUGGUAUAUCAUUUGGAAUUGACAACGUUAGCCUG